AUGUCAUCCUCGGCGAUUGCGCAAGAAUAUUUACAACUAUCUAGUGAGGAUGAAGUAUUUGACUUAUUAGAGCCGGAACACGAGGAGCGCACUUACAACGACCCUUUGAUGGAUUGUUCAAGCAUGGCUGAAUAUAUCCUGUCAGCUCAUGACCGGUGGAAGGAUGGUAAAACAUUGAAGAUGUUGGAGAUGACCGCCGAGGAGCGCCGGUCAUUAGACAUGGGAUUUCCAUUGUCUGAUGAUGACCAGAUGUCUGACACUUUGGACAUGCAAUUCCCCACACUGUCUGACGACGACCGGUCAUCCAACAUCGCACCCGCACCGGAGUUACAGGAAUAUCAGAUGUUGGACCUGGGAUUUCCUCCGGAGUCAGAAGCGUUAGACAUGGAAUUCCCACUGGAAUCAGACGAUGCACUGGACAUGGAAUUUCCUCUGGAGUCUGACAAUGAUGUAUUUGACAUGGGAUUUCUACCCGAAUCCGGAGAUGAUGGACUCUCCCUUCACCCGGCAAACUCUCUGCAAGUCAGUCAUCCGGCCGGUAACACAGAAGGCAGCCCUCUGGAGAUGGGUUUUGACACAGAUCCGGUAGAUCAUGUUCCGGACAUAGGGAACAGUAUUCAACCGGUAGAGAGCCCCUUGGAGAUGGGUUUUCAAGCGGAUCCGGUCAAUGAGUUUCCGGAUCAGUCAUUAGCCGUCAGUCAACCGGAUCCCAUUGGGUUUGUUAUUCAGCGGGCGGUAGGUGAUUUGCAGGUUGCAGUGCACCGGUUGGAGAUGGACAGGGAUGGUGGUGCAAUUUCGCCGGAAGAGGCCUUUGCAAGGGAGCAAGUCCUUGGGUUCACUCGAGACUUAUUGCUGGCAUGUCAACUGAUAUCGAUACCUCAACUGUCAACAUGA